GGACUAGGUCAGUAGGACGACUUCUCAGUCCUGUGACACUGAAGCCUGUGACCCUCACCCCAGGGAUCCACUUCAAACUGAUAGAGUUUUCCUUCUCUGACCACCCACAGGAGCCUACGGUCUUUCACUGUGUGAUGCUGUGGUCACGGCUGCUGCCUGUGCUGUGGACAGGGUGCCUGGCUGCGCAGAAUUAUAAGCUCUCAGUGACUGAAUCAGUGACGAUACAGGAGGGUCUGUGCAUCUUUGUACCCUGCCAAGUCCAGUACCCCACUUCCAGUAGUUCUGUCUUUGGCUACUGGUUCCGGAAUAGGGCCAAUAUAUUCAGGGACUCUCCAGUGGCUACAAAUGACCCACAUCGACCAGUACAGAAGGAAACUCAUGGUCGAUUCUAUUUCAUGGGGGACCGAGAUACUGAUAAUUGCUCCCUGGACAUCAGAGACGCACGGAAAAGUGACACAGGAAUAUACUUCUUCAGGUUGGAUGGAAAUGGUUCUGUGAAAUUCAAUUUUCAGACGCCGAUGCUCUCUGUACGUGUGAUAGCUCUGACUGAGACCCCUAACUUCCAAGCCACACCUACCCUGUUGUCUGGCACUUCUACCCAACUGAUCUGUUCUGUGCCCUGGGCCUGUAAGCGGGGGACACCCCCCAUCUUUUCCUGGAUGUCAUCUGCCCUCACUUCCGUGGGCCACAGGAUCCCCUUCUCCUCAGAGCUGAACCUCACACCCAGGCCUCAGGACAAUGGUACCAACCUCACCUGCCAGGUGACCUUCCCUGGUGCUAGUGUUACUGUGGAGAGGACUCAACAGCUCAAUGUCACCUAUGCUCCACGGAAGCUGACCAUAAGGGUAUCCUGGGGAGAUGACACAGAAACUAAAGUCCUGUAUAACGGAGCAUCUCUGCAGAUUCAAGAGGGUGAGACCCUGCGACUGGUUUGUGUGGCCGACAGCAACCCUUCUGCCAUGCUGAGAUGGGAGCACCAGACCCAAAAGCACCUCCAGCUCUCCAACCCUGAGGAACUGCAACUGCUGCGGGUGGAGUUGAAGGACCAGGGAAAAUAUAUCUGUCAAGCUCAGAACAGUCUGGGUACUCAGGCGGUCUCUGUGAGCCUCAGCAUAAGGAGCCUUCUACAGCUACUGGGACCCUCCUGUUCUUGGGAGGCUCAGAGUCUGCACUGCAGCUGCUCCUCCAGAGCCUGGCCUGCCCCCUCCCUGCGCUGGCGGCUGGGGGAGGUGCUGCUGGUGGGGAACAGCACCAAUGCCUCCUUCACGGUUACGUCCAGCUCCACAGGACCAUGGGCCAACAGCUCCCUGAGCCUCAGCGUGGAAUUCAGCACUGACCACAGACUCAGCUGUGAAGCUUGGAAUGACUAUGAAGUUCAGAGAGCCAAUAUCUUGCUGGUGCCAGGACAAGAGGUCUCACAGGCAGGCAAAUCAGAAACCAGUAGAGGAAUGGUUCUGGGAGCCAUCUGGGGAGCUGGUCUUAUGGCCUUGCUUGCUGUCUGCCUCUGCCUCAUCUUCAUCAUAGUGAAGGUCCUCAGGAAGAAAUCAGCCUUGAACGUAGCAGGCGUGGAAGGCAGCCAUCUUGCCAAGAACCCUGUCUCCACCAUAAAUAGUGCGAGCAUGAUUUCAUCCAACAUUUCGUUGAGAUACCCCAUCCAGGAUCAUCUGAAUGAAUCAGGGUCACAGACCCAGAAAGAGCAGCCACCUCUUGCCACAGCCCCAGACAACCCAAAGGAUGAGCCUGAACUCCACUACGCCUCCCUCUGCUUCCAAGGCCCGAGGCCCCAGCAGCCUCGGAACACGGAAGACAUCAAAUCUAUUUACUCAGAGAUCAAGAUCCAUCAGUGCUGACGCUCCUUGCCUCAUGCAUCCCAGUGCUGGCUGGAGUCCCAGAAAGGCAUAGCCAAAGACAGCAUGUGUUAGGAGCAUAUUCUGACAUCAGUGGCCCUCUAAACCAAAGACUAUGUAGUGAAAGGAUGGAGUUUUGGAAGGAACUAAGGUCAUAGAGAUUCCUAGGUACAAUUCCAGAUUCAGUGUUACCCCAGAGAAGCUACCUUUUCUCUUCGUGCCCCCUCUUCCUCCUUUGUAAUAAUUCAUAAUCAUGAGGAGCAAAUGUAGUGUUUAUUGUUGAUUGUGUGGCCUUAUGUUGCCUGAGCAGUGGGGAAGAACAUUUUGACUUUAUUGCAUACUUGAAUUUUAUGUGUAUGUAUUAUAGUUUCUAAAGUUACUCUGUUUUGAAGUAUGACUGUGUCUUAGAUUGGACUCAUAUUGGACGUUCUGCAAACUUAAAGAUCACACAGAUACCAACCCAGGCUACUAUACUCAGCAAAAUUAUCAAUCACAAGGCAUAAAACUAAUAUAUAAAGAUCUCCCACAAAUCAAUAAAAGUGACAGACAAUUCAAUAAAAAAUGGUAUAUGUGA